AUGACCCCUCGGCGUUCCCAAGUACCACCCGAUACCGCAGAUAACCAGUCAGCGCAACGGCUAGAGACAGUAGACAACCCUCCCCCACCAUACGCCUCCCCUUCAGGAGCCUACUCAGUGGCGGUUCACCGAGCAAGAAAUGCUAACAAUAGUUAUAGCAAUGAUAAUAAUAAAAAUAAUGAAAAUAAUAAUAAGAGUAAUAAUGAUAAUAAUAAUAAUAACAAUAAUAGUAAUACUACUACUACUACUAAUAAAGGUAACAAUAAUGAUAAUAAUAAUAAUGAUAAUGAUAAUAAUAAUAAUAAUAAUAAUGAUAAUAAUGAUAAUAAUUACAACGAUAAUAAUAAUAUCACUAAUAAUAAAAAUAAUAAUAUUAAUGAUAAUAAUAAUAAUGAUAAUGAUGACAUCAAUAAUAAUAACAAUAAUGAUAAUAAUGAUGAUAAUAAUGAUAAUGAUAAUAAUAAUAAGGAUGAUAAUGAUAACAUUAAUAACUAUGAGGAUAAUAAUAACGGUAAUGAUAAUAAUGAUAAUAAUAAUAAUGAUAGUCACAAUAAUGAUAAUAAUAAUAAUAAUAUUAAUAAUGAUAGUCACAAUAAUAAUAAUAAUAGUGAUAAUAAUAAUAAUAACAACAAUAAUGAUAAUGAUAAGGAUAAGCAUAAUCUAAGAACGAUGAAUAGAAAUAAUAACAAUGAUAACAGUAAUAAUGAUAAUAAUAAUUAUAAUAAAAGUGAUAACGAUUUUAAUGAUAAUAAUAGUAAUGAUAAUAAUAAUAAUAAUGAUAAUAAUGAUAAUAAUAAUAAUAAUAAUAAUAAUAAUAAUAAUAAUAACAAUAAUAAUAAUAAUAAUAAUAAUAAUAAAAGCAACACUAAUAAUAAUAAUAAUAACAAUAAUGAUAGUAACAACAACAACAAUAAUUAUAAUUAUGAUAAUGCUUAUGAUAAUAAUAAUGAUAAUGAUAACAAUAAUAAUGGCAAUAGUAAUAGUACUAAUGAUGAUAGUAAUGAUAAUAACAAUAAUGAUGAUGAUGAUAAUAAUAAUAAUAAUAAUAAUAAUAAUAAUAAUAACGGCAAUUAUAAUAAUGAUAAUAACAAUAAGGACAAUAAAGAUAAUAUUACGAACGAUAAUAGUAGGGCUGAUGAUAAUGACAACGUUAAUGAUAAUAAUAACAAUAAUGAUAAUGAUAAUUAUAAUGAUAAUAAUAAUAAUAAUAAUGAUAAUUAUAAUAAUAAUGAUGAGAGUAAUGAUAAUAAUAAUAAUCAUAAUAAUAAUAAUAAUAAUAAUAAUAAUAAUUAUAAUAAUAACAAUAAUAAUAACAGAAAUAAUAACAAUAAUAAUAAUAAUAAUAAUAAUAAUAAUAAUAAUAAUAAUAAUAAUAAUAAUAACAACAACAACAACAACAGCAAUAAUAAUAAUAAUAAUAAUAAUAAUAAUAAUAAUAAUAAUAAUAAUAAUAAUGAUAAUAAUAAUAAUGAUAGUAACAAUAAUAAUAAUUAUGAUGGAAAUAAUAAUAAUCAUAAUAAUAAU